CUUUUAUUUUUUUUCUGCCUGGUCUUUUUCUAGCAUUUCUGGGGCCCUGUAGCCAACUGGGGUCUCCCCAUCGCUGCUAUCAAUGACAUGAAGAAGAGUCCAGAAAUUAUUAGUGGCCGAAUGACAUUUGCCCUUUGCUGUUAUUCCCUGCUUUUCAUGAGAUUUGCCUACAAAGUUCAGCCCAGAAAUUGGCUUCUGUUUGCCUGCCACAUAUGUAAUGAGACGGCACAGCUCGUUCAGGGUGGAAGGCUCAUCAAACACAAGUUAGAACAGAAGAAGGCUUAGAAGGAUGACAAAGCGGCCAACGAGAGAGCCACGUGCCAUCGUGUGAGUGAAUGAAUGUGUAUGGACUUCAAACGUUUCCACAAACCGGUUCAUGACUACUAGCCUGCACAGCUGUGACGCACAGGAAUCAAUCGAGUUUUCUUUAAUAAACGACGGCAAUAAGUUUAAAAAAAAAAAAAAAGGUUAAAUCCAAGCAAACUGUUCCAGUGCUGACGUUUAUUUUCAUAUGUAGCUUAGGUACGUCCGUUUGCGUCGGCUCACAAUAAUCAAAUUGCAUUUGGCAGUUGCAAAAAUUGAUCAGACAGCCCAGCUGACGUGCGUCUUCAACCAACCAACCAACUCCAAAGGCCACCUUGGUAGCAUCUGGGUGGCGGGUUUCAGUAACAAUCCUUUAUGUAAUUUGAGUAUUGUACGAUGAAAAUGGACAUUUGAGUGAAUUGUUCUUGCACAAAAUAAAAACGUUUUAACGUCAGAUCAACGUAAA